UGAGCCAACUUCCCGACCUGUCGCAUGAUGUUCCGUGCGCGAGGGCUUACCUCACCCUCGUUGAGGGAACUCUUGAUCAAGUCACCUUCCAGCAGUUUAUCGCUAAAUUACAAGUAUGGAUCGAGGUACUAAGGUUGCAAGAUCAUAAACUCUACGCCAACGCUCUCCUCCACACCGUUUCCGUUCUGCGCAGGCACCCCAACCUGAUUGACGGGUUCAACACACUUCUGCGACUAGACCAACGACUCCACUUCUCUAGACCGUGCGAAGAGGUGACACAUUUUGUCCUCGUCAACGGGCCUCACGCUGCUAUUUAUUCGACUUCAUACGCCGAUGUUCCACGCCCUUCGACAACUGAAGAGCUUCGAAGAUACGUCGACAAAGAUUCCUGGAAGAAAUUACUCGCUUCAAGGCCUGACAAAGGCUGGCUUGCUUGCUUAUCGCAACUACUUUUAGUCGUCGUCGACCAUCCCUGUGACCCGACCAUCGGGCGUCGUGCAUACCGAUGUCUCCGCGAACUUUCUGCAAUGACUAUUCUACCUCCAUCCGUUUUUAUUGACAUCCCGAAACGAGCUGCGACACUCGUUCCUGAAGAUGGCGGUGCCUUCGCAGAUAUCUAUUCUGGAGAGCUGAAGGGUAUCCCUGUAUGCUACCGUGUCCUGCGUAUGUUUGAAACAAACGUAGAUGACCGUCAGCGCUUCCUUAAGGAAUUUUGUGCUGAACUUGGUGUAUGGCGGCAAUUGAAUCACCCAAACAUCUUGCCACUGAUAGGCGUAAAUUUGGAGUUAUUCGCUCCUCGAUUCUGCUUCAUCUCGCCAUGGCUUGCCCAUGGUAAUAUCAUGUCGUACUUGAAGGAACAUCCUGAUCAUGAUCGAUUCACUUCAGUGUGCGAUAUUGUAAACGGUAUUGAAUACCUUCACGGACUGGAUCCUCCUGUUACGCACAAGGACAUCAAAGGAGCCAACGUUCUCGUCCGCGACGACCUCGUAUGCUGCCUAGCCGAUUUCGGACUCUCCUCCAUUGUUGAAUCACAACGUCUAUCUGGCUAUACCUCACCCGCCUUCGCAGGCUCCGUUUGCUGGCUCGCCCCGGAAUUAAUGGAUCCCGGACUCGUGCCCGUCAAAAGCGAGAAAGCAGGUGACAUAUAUGCCCUGGGCUGCACGAUAUAUGAGGUGUACACUGGAAAGCCACCUUUCUCCGACACUGGCAUGCACCAUCUCGCCAUUAUGUUUGCAGUUGUCAACAAAGAGAGGCCCCCACUUCCACCUCAUCCUCGCAACGGGCAUUGGACAGACGAUGAGUUGACCCUCUGGAUGCUAGUAGAACUUUGCUGGAUGCACAAGCCGGAAGACAGGCCGGAAAUCCGGCUUAUCAAGAACACUCUGCAAGACAUCGGGGGCAGGACACCCUCUGCGAGAGGCCUCUUGCAAGCAUGGAAAACCGAGGGGAGCGAUGACUUCCAUCCAGGAAAUAGGCCUGAUCUUUGCGGGGUGGAAAUUUGGUUGGAGGAAACUCGUUCCAAGGUGCACGUUCCAUCGCCGAAGCAAGGCGCCACAGUUUCCAACCUUGCGUAUCACGGUGGUCGCGCCAGUGGCUCUCAUCCUUCAUUACCAGCGAAGGAUGACGCACCGAGUAGCCACGAUAGGGCUCGACUACAGCACCCUUGUCACGACGCAAUUCCAGGAGGUUAUCGCAAAAACAUCAACCGGUUGUCAAUCGUCGCCCCGAAGAAGCCAGCAGCGAUUCAAAGGGCCCCUUUGGGGCUGCGGACUCCGGACACUCCCUCGCACCCUAUGUGUGACGCUGAGCUUCCUGAAGUUUCGGACACGGAGUUUAUGGGAAAUACACUUAAUGUCCCGUUCAUUUCCGGUCCUGGCGAUCGGGCGCUUGAUACGGCAGUCAGUCUAGACUCCAAUCAAGCGCCGAAGGCUAGUCGUGGCUCUUCCUCGUCACGGCUUGCGAUCAACACACAGAUACCGCUGACCUUGCCCACCCCUCCUUCAACCCCCGGUCCUCGAACUUCACGCCAACUACAUCAUGCAGGCUGGUCUUACGCACCGCCUUCCACUUCUGCACACCGCCUCCAGUUUGGCAGCACGCCGGCAGACGCGAAAUCACCCUUAGGUGGCUUCUCCUCCCCGCGUGGUCCUAGGGUUCCUCAGGCAGCGAAGUUCUCCUUGUAUUCGUCCUCUCCUCUUCGCCAUGCCUUUCCUCUUCCUCACUCCUCUGCCGUUCGUGGUCCCAGUUUCACUGACGCAACUUCAUCUUCUCAAUCCCCCGCUACCCACGACACUGGCCCGUGUGGGCAACCACACGAUGCUCGAGCCACGAUGUCGUCUUACGGCAAGCCGUGAU